AAAACCGUCUGAAUCACGAGACUCAGAAAUCUGAAUGAUUAAAGUGAGGAAAAAUCAGUGUCCUCUAGAUCUUUCUUCCCAUCCAAUUCUUCUGUAUGAGUCUACAACGUGCCUGAGAAGAAUACAACAUGACCUCUGCCCCUGAGGAGCUCUUAGUUUAGCAUAGUGGUGUAUGGGUGAAUCUUCUGGGGAGAAUGUUCAUGACUUUGAGUAGAUUCUCAGUGUCUGUAUCACCCCAAACGCUAAGAACUUCUCCUGGCCAUCUCCACCUGAAUUUCCUGCCAGAGGUGCUGUGUCCAAGGAAUGAUACCAUUUUUAAGCAAGGCUUUUCUCUCUUAAGAUUCAGAACUUCAGGAGAAAAUCCCAUCUGUUCUGCAGAUAAAUUCCUGGAAUUGAAAUUGCUGAGUCAAUGGACUGUGAUUAAAAUUUUUGGUGGCAUUCUGUUGAGCACCAGUCGACACUACAAGACAAAGCCUACCCAUGGCAUUGGAAGAUAUAAGCACCUAGUUAAAGCCCAGGAGAUUGGGCCUCUGCUAUCUUGGACUGACCCAGGGAGCAGUGAUGGGAGAGAAUCAUUCCAGCCCAAGAAGAAGAGAGGAAAAGUGGAAGUGAGACCCAUUAAUUUGGGAACAGAUUAUGAAUAUGGGGUUUUAAACAUUCACCUGACUGCAUACGACAUGGCCCUGGCAGAGAGUUAUGCCCAAUAUGUUCACAACCUCUGCAACCAUCUAUCCAUUAAAGUUGAGGAAAGAACAUCAUGUAAAUGGAAUCAUACAGUAUGUAGCUUUUUGUGUCUGUCCUCUUUCACUUAGCAUAAUACGUUUAAUAUUCAUCUAUGUUUUUGCAAGUAUUUUAUUGCUGAGUAGUAUUCCAUUAAAUGCUGGACCUUAAUUGGUUUAUCCAUUCACCAGUUGAUGUACAUUUUCAUUGUUCUCUAGUUUAUUGGUAAUUAUAAAUAAAGCUGUCAUAAGCAUUCUCAUGCAUAUAUCUUUUCUCCUGGAUAGCUACCUAAACCUGGGAUUUGGAGAUUGUAUGGUGAAUGUAUGUUUAACUUCAUAAGAAACUGACGUCUGUUUUCCAAAGUGGCUGCACCAUUUUGUUUUCCCACCAACAAUGUAUGAGAGUUACAGUAACUCCUUUUCCUGGGCAGCACUUGGUAUUGUCAUUUUCCUCCCUAAAGAUAUAUCUAAUAGAUAUAUAGUGGUAUUUCAUAGUGAGUGGUCUUAAUUUUCAUUUCCCUAAUAAAUAAUGAUUUUGAUGUCUUUUCAUGUGCUAAUUUGGUGUAUAUUUGCUUUGAUGACUGUUCAGAUCUUUUGUCCAUUUUUAAAAUUGGGUUGUUUGUUUUCUUAUAAUUAAGUUAUGAAAAUUCUUUAUCUAUUUUUGGAUACCAGUUCUUUUUCAGUAUGCUUUGCAAAUAUUUUCUUCCUGUCUGUGACUUAUCUUGUCAUCUUCUUAGCCGAGUCCUUUGGAAGGCAGACUUUUUCAAGUUUGAUGAAGUUCAGUUUAUUAAUUUUUUUUUUAAUUUUUUUUUUAAGUUUAUUUAUUUUUGAGACAGAGAGAGACAGAGCAUGAACGGGGGAGGGUCAGAGAGAGCGGGAGACACAGAAUCUGAAGCAGGCUCCAGGCUCUGAGCCAUCAGCCCAGAGCCCGACGCGGGGCUCGAACUCACGGACCGCGAGAUCGUGACCUGAGCCGAAGUCGGACGCUUAACCGACUGAGCCACCCAGGCGCCCCUAUUAAUUUUUUUUUUUAUUCAUGCUUUUGGUGUCCUAAGAAAAUAUUGUCUAACCCAAGAUCACAAAGAUAUUCUCCUGUGUUUUCUUCUAAAGGUUCUAUAUUUUUAAGUUUUACUUUUAGGUCCAUGAUCCAUUUUGAGUUAUUUUUGUAUAUGGUAUGAGAUAUGAAUCAAAGUGUUUUUGUUUUUGUUUUUUUUUCAUGUAAAUAACCAGUUGUUCCAGCACCAUUUGUUAAAAAGAUUUUCUAGCUUUUAUCAAAUUGUCUUAGCACUUUUUGAAAGUCAGUUAACCAUGUAUGUGUGGGUAUAUUUCCGGACUCUCUUCUGUUACAGCGAUGUAUGUAUCUAUACUUAUACCAAUACCAGACUGUCUUGAUUACUGUAGCUGGAUUACUGAAACUACAACUUUUUUUUUUCAAAAUUAUUUUGGCUAUGCUAGGUCAUUUGGUUUUCCUUAAAUGUUUUAUAAUUAUAGUUUGUCGAUUUCUACAGAAAGGAACCUGAUGGGAUUUUAUUGGGAUUGUGUUGAAUCUGUAGGUCAAUUUGAAGAGAAUUGACAACUAUUUUGAUUCCUCUGAUCCUUUAACGAGGUAUAUCUCCCCAUUUAUUUAGGCUUUCUUCGCCUGCUCUGGUUUUCAUUUACUCUUUGGAUUUGUUGGAAAACUGUAGGGGAAGAGAACUAACAAUUACUGGCUAUCUACUCCAGGCCAGGCACUUUACAUAUCUUAUCUCUCAGGGUUUCGGAAGGUGUGAGAUGCCCUGUAGUUUGCUUUAAAUAACAUUAAAUCACAUGGUGAGAGAUUUCUUCCCUUUUUAACUCUCAUUCAUCCUAAUUAUGUCAAGGAGAGAUUUUUUAGUGUGGUUCUGGUAUGUCCUUAACACCACUCUAGCACCUCCUAAUCUUUAUAGCAGAGAAAGGACCUCAGACUCAAGAGUCUUUGGCUAGCAAUCAUGUCUAACUAGAAUUUUAUACCAUUAUUUUGUUUCUGUUGUACUUUUUAAAAGUAAGCUCUGGGCUCAGCAUGGGACUUGAACUCAUGAUCCUGAGAUUAAGAGUCAUGUGUUCUGGGGCACCUGUCAUGUGUUCUGUGGUUCAGUUGGUUGAGUGUCUGACUCUUGAUUUCAGCUCAGGUCAUGAUCUCAUGGUUCGUGAGUUGGAGCCCCACGUGGGGCUCUGCACUGACAGCAUGAAGCCUGCUUGGGAUUCUCUCUCUCCCUCUCUCUGCCCUUCCCUCCGCAAAAUAAAUAAACUUAAAAAAAAAAAAAAAAAGUGUCGUAUAUUCUACGGACUGAGCCAGCCAGGCACCCCCAUUGUAAUUUUUUUUUUAACUUCUAUGGAUGGCAGCUGAUACUGGUCUUCCAUUUACAAUAGUGAUAUAAAGUCAGGCUUACUGAGAUAUAGUUUAAAUUCAGUAAAAUUCACCCCUUUAGUGAACAAUUUCUGAGUUUUGACAAAUGACAGUAUGUACUAUCAUCAUCCAGAUGUAGGACAUUUACAUUAUCCCAAGAAGUUCCCUCCCACGUUUGUAGUCAGUCCCUCCUCUUAGCCCUAGUCCCUCACAACUAAUGAUCUGUUUUCUGCCCCUAUAGUUUUUUUUUUAAUACUUUAAAAAAAAAAUGUUUACUUGGGGCACCUGGGUGGCUCAGUCGGUUGAGCGUCCGACUUCAGCUCAGGUCACAAUCUCGCAGUCCGUGAGUUCGAGCCCCGCGUUGGGCUCUGUGCUGACAGCUCGGAGCCUGGAGCCUUGCUUCGGAUUCUGUGUCUCCCUCUCUCUCUGUCCCUCCCCUGUUCAUGCUC